CCUCCAAAGAGAUAUAGUUUUCAAGGAAGUACACUUUUUCAAUUUCAUCAUUUGGAAGGAUCAAAUACAAGAGUCACAUCAAAAGAGCACAUUUAAAGACUGACCAAUGGCUGAAACGAAAAUGAAGUUUCUGAGUGGUGUGGUAGAAGGUUUCUAUGGUCGACCAUGGACGAUGGAACAGAGGAAAGAGCUAUUUUUAAGAGAGCAAAAAUGGGGGUUGAAUGCAUAUCUGUAUGCACCCAAAGAUGACUACAAGCACCGGAUGUACUGGAGAGACCUCUACACGCCCCAGGAGGCAGGGGAUCUUCAAAAGCUCAUUACGUGUGCAAAAGAGUGUGGUGUGGAAUUGAUCUAUGCCAUUUCUCCUGGACUGGACAUAACUUUCUCCAAUCCCAAAGAAGUUGAAGCCCUCAAGAACAAAAUCAAUCAGGUGUGGACGUUUGGCUGUCGGUCAUUUGCCGUGCUGUUUGAUGAUAUUGAUCCUGAGCUGUGCCCUGCUGAUAAAGACAUGUUCAGCUCAUUGGCAAGUGCACAGGUGCACGUCACUAACGAGGUAUAUGGGCAUAUUAGGACACCUGAGACCUUCCUGUUCUGCCCCACCGACUACUGUGCAGUGUUCUGCACUCCCAACGUGGCUCAGUCUUCCUACCUUCACACAGUUGGUAAUGAUCUGCGCCGUGAGAUUGAUGUGCUUUGGACAGGUCCAAAAGUUGUAUCUCAGGAAAUUUCAGUCGAGUCUAUCGAUGAAGUAGCAGCAGUUCUGAAGAGACCUCCAGUCAUAUGGGACAAUCUCCACGCCAACGACUAUGACCCACAGAGGAUGAUGUUGGGACCCUUCAAGGGCCGGCCAGUUGAACUCAUCCCCAAGCUUAGAGGCAUACUCACUAAUCCCAACUGCGAAUUUGAGCUCAACUUUGUUGCAAUUCACACCUUGGCAACGUGGUGUAGGUCCAACAGCUGUCAUGGUAGCCCCAUCAAGGCUAGCAGAGAAGGCCAAAUCAAAGAUUACAUUCCACAGGAGGCACUGUCAGGGGCUCUCUCUGAUUGGCUGGUUGAGUUCAGUGUUGAUGUUCCAUCCGGUGGAGAACAGACUAAGAGAGACUCCUCUAAUAAGACUCAUUCACCCAGUCUGAGGGAAAGGCCGCUGUUUACGGCCGAGCCACUCACUGUGGCGGACCUCAGGCUGCUCUCCGACCUCUUCUAUUUGCCCUACGAGCACGGCCCCACAGCACUGCACAUGAUUCAGGAGCUCCACUGGCUGAGCAGCAAUCCGCCUGCACACCACGCCCACACUGUCUCAGACAAGACCACAUCGAAGGACAGCAAAUGGUGGAGCAGAUCACAGCAAUUUGAUGAGAUGUGUGAGUCUGUGGUGCAGAUGUUCAACCGCCUUUCAAACGUGUCCAACCGGCGAAUUCUGUAUGACCUGUACGACUACAUCUGUGACAUCAAGAGUGGUGUGUCCAUGGCCAGGGACGCUGUGAAAGCUAUCGCUGGGCAGGCACCUCUGUAUCUGCGAGUAACAGAUGAUCCUGAGCCCUGGGGCUUCAGAGGUGGCUUAUCAGGAGAGCUACAGAGAAUGCUGCCCUACCACGGGAUCAAGGAUGUCUUUAAUAAGUCUCGAGUGACUCCAGUCUAUGUCAUUCGACCUUUCACUUCAAGUGAUCAGUCCGAUGUGCAGCAGAUCUUCAGAGAUAGCACUGGCUGCCUUCCAGCCACUGAGGGAGCCCUGUUACUGGGAGAUAGGCUUGCAUGUGGACAGCUUUCUGCCAACCCCACCUGUGCAUUCGUUGUGGAGAACAGCAGAGGUGCAGUUUGUGGAUAUGCCCUUGGAGUCACUGAUCUCAAAUCCACAGCCUACAAGGACCAGUGUUCAGAGUCUCUCCUGGCAGACAAUUCUUCUGUUUUUACGAUGGGAAUGACCCCGGAUAUUCCUGACACCCUUGCAAGGCGUUUGGUCAACUGCCUUGUUUCAGCACUAAGGGCAACAGGUUGCACAACGUUCUUUUCUGAGCUAAGACAACACCAGAAAAGGAUGUUGGAUGUCCUUGACAGAGUGGGCUUUUCGAGGGUGACAUCGGUGGAGGGCCUUCCGAAUGAUGUCAUCAUCAUGAAAAUGAAAGCAUGAUCAGAAUUAAGACACAACAUGCGAUGAUUGCAAUUGUGAUAGCCCAAUGUUUUGAAAUUACUGUUGCAAUAGAUCAGGGGUUGUCAAAUAUAAGGCCCGGGGACCAGAUGGUUUCAUACAGCCCCAGACUUGGAAAAAAAAAGCAAAGAAUGUCAAAAAAAAGAAGCAAUAUCUAGCCUAUUACAAAGGUGCUACAGGUGUCUGAGUCAGGUUAUCAAUACUUGGGAACGACUUUGCCUUUUUUUGCUUGCCACUGACAGUCAAUGCUCCUGAUAUAUAUUUUUUAACUUUUUUAUUUGAAACGCGUAGGCAUUGUAGCCAAAUAAAAAACAAAAAAAAAUUGCAACCUUGAGUGCCUCAGCAUCUGUCUUUCUGGACCAAGUUUGAGAGCCCCUACACUGAUGAGUACCAAGGGAAAAAAGGUGAAGACCCAGAAGCACUCCAAUUACCUGCUUGUGUUUAAUGCUCCUGAUAUACAGUACUUGCUGACAUCCACGACGAGAUGAUUGGCUGGCAAUGCGAUUCCAAUAGGAAGCAAAAAAAAAGUGACAUUUCGCAAUUACGUUACUGGUCCCUGGUCCCGCUCACUGGAGAUCAAAUUGACUAUGUGUGGCCUCAAAGCCGAAAUUAGUUUGACACCCCUGCAAUAGAUUGUCUUAAUUUCCCAUGCAAAACUCAAGUAGGCCUACUUAUUUGUCACAGUUCUUACACAUGUGGCCUACAUGGAUAUUCUUUCCGUUUGUGGAAGCUGUCCCACUGAUUAUUACAUACUGAAACUAAUUGUUAUUGAUGAAACUUAACACUAUUAAAAGAUUCAUUUGAAAUGACCACGGUUGCUCUCUUUGUAAUGACAAAUGACUUUCACAAUGCAUGACUUGCACAAUGCAUGCAUGAAUCUCUCACACUCAAGAACAAGCACAGUUAAUAAUGACACAAAUUGCACAUGACACAGUUUCAAAGGAAUUUUCAUUUCAAAUCCAGUAUUUGCACGUGUGCUGAAUUUAUUCUAUUCAAGUGGCACUUUUACUUUGCAUGGUUUCAUGUAACUAUUUUGGUUUUACAGCAUGGUGGGUGGAGUGAGUGGCCAUUAAAACUUGUGUAAAAUUUGAGGUAAAUAUUCAGUGCGUGCAUGCAAAAUUUUGGCCUAUUUUUUAAAACAAAUAUUGUUCUUGUUUUGUGACUUCAUACCAGAUUUGAGCAAUUUUGAUAGACAUGAUAUUGACGAUUCAUACAUUUUUAGGUCGUACGUGUUUGAUUUGGCAGCCAUCUUCAAUAUUUGUUCUUUUCUUGGUGCCUUUUGAAAUAAUCUGAACAGUGUAAAAAGUGUGGAAGUGAAAUUGUUUUGAGAUACAUGUGUAGUUUAAAUGAAAUCGUAAAAAUAAAUAAAGAUAAAAUC